CGCAAAACGGUCAGCUAUUGAAGACAAAGCUCCAAGCCGCUAGUCAAACUACAGAACCGUUGCUAUUGCUCAUGUCUUUGCAGGAGUUUUCUGAAAAGCCCGAACUUCCUCAGCGGAAGUUCACGUUCAAACAAAAGUGCCAUAACUUUGCGUAUAAUCACAAUUUUGCUGGUGUGGGCCCGCCACAACACAUCAUCGACGAGGAAAAUGCUAAGCCUCGCCGGAUCUUUCUCAACUUGCCGUUGCCAGACGAUAUGGUGGUCGACCAGACGUCCAAAACGCCGUUGAGAACAUAUCCCCGGAACAAAAUCAGAACCACCAAGUACACGCCACUCAAUUUCUUACCGAAAAACCUUUUUUUCCAGUUCAGAAACGUUGCCAACUCAUAUUUCUUGUUCUUGAUCAUCCUUGGGCCGAUCCAGAUCUUUGGUGUGAGCUCCCCUGGACUCGCCGCCGUGCCGUUGGUGGUAAUCGUGUGUCUCACCGCCAUCAAGGAUGCUUUCGAGGACUACCGUCGUGUGAUCUCCGACAUGGAGUUGAACAACUCACCCAUCCACAUCCUUGUAGGAUUGGACAACCCAAACUACCAGGAAACCAAAGUGGGCGCCUGGCGGCGCUUCAAGAAGCGCUGCAGCAACGCCAUCAUGAAGAAGCUCAUGGCCAAGGGGAAGCCGGCAAAGGGUAGCCCACCAAAGACCGGGAGCAGCGAGCAUGUUCCAGACGUGCGCAGAACCUCGGUCGCCUCCGACAACAUUGUUCGCACUUCCUUGGACUCCAGGACCACCAGAAAGGUGUCUCCUGUCCACCCCCACACCGUGGUGAGCCCUGUUUCGGAUCCCUUAGAAGCUACGACCCGGAGCAGUCUGUUCAAGCGCCGUAACUGGAAAGACAUCCACGUGGGUAACAUUAUACGCAUCAACAACAACGAAGAGGUGCCUGCAGACGUUGUCAUCUUCGCCACCUCUGGCGAAGAAGGUAACUGCUUCAUCGAGACGAAGAACUUGGAUGGUGAGACCAACUUGAAGAGUAGAAUGGCAUUGCAUUGUGGUGAGGGCUUGCAUUACUCUACCGACUUUGCCCGUGCCCAGUGCUGGCUCGAGUGUGAGGGGCCAAACCCGAACUUGUACGCCUUCAAGGGGGUCUUGAACUAUCUUGACUACUACAGCGAGAAGAACCAGUUGAUGGAGACCCCCGUGCCCGCCAGCGAGGUCGUUACCAAUGACAAUGUCUUGUUGAGAGGCUGCACGUUGCGUAACACCAAGUGGGCCUUGGGUAUGGUGGUGUACACCGGUCCGGAGUCCAAGAUCAUGCUCAACUCGGGCAUUACCCCGACUAAGAAAUCGCGCAUUGCCAAUGAGUUGAAUUUGUCCGUGAUUUUCAACUUUGCCGUGUUGUUUGUCAUGUGUUUCGUCACCGGUGUGGUUAACGGUUUGUUCUACAACAAGAAAAGAACCUCCCGGUUAUUCUUUGAGUACAAACCGUACUCCCCCACCUCCGCCGGUAACGGUACGUUGGCCUUCUUUGUGGCACUUAUCAUCUACCAGGCUUUGGUUCCGAUCUCCCUCUAUAUCUCCAUCGAAAUUGUCAAGACGUUGCAGGCGUACUUUAUCUAUUCGGAUGUCAAGAUGUACUAUGAGAAGCUUGACUUCCCGUGUACCCCCAAGGCGUGGAACAUCUCAGACGAUUUGGGCCAGAUUGAGUACGUGUUCUGCGACAAAACCGGAACGUUGACGCAAAACGUCAUGGAGUUCAAGAAGUGCUCCAUCAACGGCAAGUCUUACGGUUUGGCCUAUACCGAGGCGAGACAGGGGAUGGAAAAGCGUGAGGGAAAGGACGUAGUGGCUGAGUCCCUCAAGUGGAACAAGCGCAUUGCUGCCGACAGAGCCGACAUGAUUGACUUAUUGAAAAGUCACUCUAAGAACUCCCAGCUCGUAGACGAUGAGGUCACCUUUGUUUCGUCUGAGUACGCCGUGGAUAUCUCCGCCUCCACCCCCAGUCCUAGACAGAAACAGGCUAACGAGGAGUUUAUGACUGCGUUAGCGUUGUGCCAUACCGUCGUUACCGAGGACGAUCCAGAAUACUUGGACCACAAGCUUUUCAAGGCCGAGUCGCCAGAUGAGGCUGCGUUGGUCAGUGUAGCCCGUGACGUGGGUAUUGUCUUCUCCGGGCGCACCAGAAAGAGCUUGACGUUGCAUGUUUACGGCAAGGAACAGACUUUCACCCUCUUGGCGGCUAUUCCGUUCUCGUCUGCCCGAAAGAGAAUGAGUUCUGUGGUCGAAGACGCCUCCGGACGGAUCUUUUUGAUCUGUAAAGGUGCCGAUAGCGUUAUUUUCGAAAAGUUAGCUGGCUCCACGAUUGACCAGGAUAUGUUGUCUCGCACUGCUUUGCAUUUGGAAGACUACGCUAAGGAAGGAUUGAGAACCUUGUGUAUCGCCCAGAGACUGGUUUCGCGCAAGGAAUAUCAAGACUGGAAACUCAAGUAUGACAAGGCCAUCAACUCCAUUGAUAGCGACCGCGAUGUGAAUAUCGAGCUUGUUUGCGACGAGAUCGAAAAAGACUUGACCUUGUUGGGGGGUACCGCUAUUGAAGACAGAUUGCAGGAUGGUGUUCCCGACUCUAUUGCAAUUUUGGGCCAGGCCGGAAUAAAGUUAUGGGUCUUGACUGGGGACAGAAUCGAGACGGCUAUCAAUAUCGGGUUCUCGUGUAACUUGUUAGAAAAUGAUAUGAAAUUGUUGGUGAUCAGGCCAGACGAAAAUAUCACUGAUGGUGCUACUCACAUUGAUUCGUUACUCACUCUGUACUUGCAGGACAACUUCCAGAUGACCGGCUCCCAGGAAGAGUUGACACUUGCUAGAGAGGACCAUUCGCCAGCCCGCGGCUCUUUUGCCGUCAUUGUUGACGGUGCGGCCUUGUCGAUUAUCUUUUCGGGUGAUGAAUUCUUGAGACGCAAAUUUUUGUUGUUGGGUAAACAGUGUAAGGCGGUUCUCUGCUGUCGUGUUUCUCCUGCCCAGAAGGCUCUUGUGGUCAAAUUGGUCAAGGAUUCCUUGCAAGUUAUGACCUUGGCUAUUGGUGAUGGUGCUAACGAUGUUGCCAUGAUCCAGGCUGCCAACGUCGGUGUCGGUAUUGCAGGUGAGGAAGGUAGACAGGCCGUCAUGUCCUCUGAUUAUGCCAUCGGCCAGUUUAGGUUCUUGACCAGAUUGAUGCUAGUUCACGGUAGAUGGUCGUACAAGAGACUUGCUGAAAUGAUCCCGUGCUUCUUCUAUAAAAAUACGGUAUUCACCGUGACGUUGUUUUGGUACGGUAUUUUCAACAACUUUGACGGGUCUUACCUUUUUGAGUACACUUUCCUUAUGCUCUAUAACUUGGCUUUUACCUCGUUACCUGUCAUUUUCUUGGCUGUGUUGGACCAAGAUGUCUCUGAUACUGUCAGUUUGUUGGUUCCGCAGUUGUACCGCUCCGGUAUUUUGAGAAAGGACUGGUCCCAGUACAAGUUUUUCUGGUACAUGUUAGAUGGGUUAUACCAAUCCGCCAUUGCCUUUUUCCUCCCGUUCUGCUUGUACCGUAUCGGUUUUAAUGGCAUGAACGGUUUGCCCCAGGACCAUCGAUUCUUCAUCGGUAUCACUGUGACCAAUAUUGCUGUUGUUUCCAGUAACGUGUACGUAUUAAUGCGCCAGUACCGGUGGGACUGGUUGACGUUAUGUAUCAAUGCCUUCUCGAUUUUGAUUGUCUUCUUCUGGACCGGUGUAUGGUCUACAAACGUCUCCGGCGGCGAGUUCUAUAACUCUGCCCCUCGCGUGUUUGGCAGUUUGUCCACCUGGUGCACUUUCUUUGUGGGUAUACUAGCCUGUAUGUUGCCAAGGUUCUCCAUUGAUUGUAUCAAGGGUCUUUAUUUCCCCAAGGAUGCUGAAACCAUCCGAGUGAAGGUAAACGAGGGGUACUUCAGUGCGUACCCCGACGGAUACGAUCCUACCGAUUUUCAUGACGUCGAGGCUCACCGCCAACAAAUAGGGGUAAACCAGAAGACGGAUGACUCUUAUUCUCAUGAAUCCUCUGUGUAUCAAGACCCGGUUCUUGCCAAAAAUGCCAAUGGCACUGGAGACCCCGAAGCAGCGCCACUGCCAGCGGGUGCUCCUACUCGUGAGCCUAGCGUGUUAAAAAGAACUUUCAAGUCCAUCAGAAGAAUUGGACGUAAGAGCUCGGGUGCUGGGGAGAAGAAGUUAACCCCGUUGGAUCAAAUGAGGUUGAAUAUGAUUCGUGACGGUGAGUACUUGUCCAGCAGAACCUCAUUGGAGAGGGUCACCACCACCCACGACUUGCCAGGUUUCUCACAAGCCGAGUCCUUAAUGAGAUUGCAGACGAGAAACACGUUGUCUUCUAAUGCCAAGGCCCAGAUAACUCCUCAGCUCUGACUCCAUAGACAUCCCGCGCACAAUUAGUUGCUUUUUUCUUUCUUUUGAUGUUUCUGAUUAUCUUUGUUUUCCAUAUUUCGUUGUUUAUCUUAUAGUAUAUCUUAAAUCCUAAUACCCUCAACCUGU